UAAGAUGCAAUAGAGCCUUGCCUUGCCUUUGGCGAUACAGUUGACUCGGCGAGGGUCCGACGGACCAGCUCACUCAUCGUCUAGACAAAUGGCAUCGAACACGGAGCAGCAGCGCAGCCAAGGAGAGCCGUUGGAGGGGGGAGAUGGUACAAUCGACGACUUGAAACAGGCGCUUGUAGAGAAUCUGGAGCAUAGGGGCGUACUCGGCAAGCUCAGAGCGAAGGUGCGAGCGGAGGUUUUCCACACGCUCGAGGGGCCCCAGGAGAGGGUUCUGCCGACCCCGCUCUCUAACGACAACCUGCUGAUCAACGAGCUCGUGCGGGACUACCUGAGCUACAACGGGUACGCGAACGCGCUGGGCGUGUUCAUGGCCGAGUCCGGGCAACCGAUCGAAAGGUCCUUGGACAGGGGGUUUAUCCGAGACGAGUUGGGACUAUCCGAGCGACUAGAUAGCAUCGACCGCGGAGGAGCUAGGCCUUUGCCUCUGCUCUACGGCAUCACGCACGCACUUAAGCGCAGACGAAAAGAGGCAUCCGUAAACAACGGGGAUUACGCGGAAUGCGAAGAGGAGGAAGAGGAGGAGGGCGGCGGGGGUCACCCGGACGUCGGCGGCAGGAAUAACAUCGACUGGGCCGAUCCCGCACCGGUGUUGUUCACAAAGCACAAUGGUAGUACCGGCGGCGGUGGCGGUGGCAUUGCGUAA